CCCAACAUGGGAGACCCAACCACCAUCCGAAACCUGGGUCAAAUGAGCCUGAACUCGUACUUCGAGCCGAGUGCCAGCGCAAUGCAAAACAAGUGGGAAAAUGUCCCUGGGUUUAAUCAGACCGAGCGCUUCGGCUGGCUGGACAACGGUAUCCGUGGCUAUGUCUUCAGCGACGCGAAACGAGAAGUAGUUGUGCUUGCGAUCAAGGGCUCUGGUUCUCCCGACACCCCCGUGCCAAGCGGACCGACCAGCGAGCAGGACAAGUUCAACGACAACAUCAUGUUCUCGUGCUGCUGUGCGGCUUCGUUCUGGUAUCCCAUCUGCCAGUGCCACAACACAAAAGACAAAACCUGCAAUCGGGCAUGCAUCCUCGGCCAGUCCAACUUCAACAGCUCCUACUACAACAUUGCACAGUCCAUCUAUAAAUCAGUCGAGACGUGGUACCCAAGAAAAGCGAGUAUCUGGGUCACCGGUCAUUCUCUCGGCGGCUCGCUUGCCUCUCUCCUCGCUCUCACAAACGACGUCCCGGCAGUGGCCUUCGAGGCACCCGGAGACAUGCUCUAUGCCGGGCGGAUCGGUCUCCUGCCGGCUCUUCCACCUCGUAGCGGAACGACCCGGCCGGACUAUACCCAGUUCUUCAAGACGCUGCCGAUAUACCAUAUCGGGAAUACCCAAGAUCCCAUCUUUUAUGGCGAGUGCACAGCCUGGACUAGCGUCUGUUGGCGUGGCGGCAUUUCAAUGGAGUCCAAGUGCCAUGUCGGAAAGGAAUGCAUCUACAACGACGCCUCGAAGGUGGCAUCCUCGUCUUUGGAUGCGCCUCCGGAGGCUCAGGGGUUCGACAUGAAGUACCAUGGCAUGGGAUUCGUCCUCGAUCACUUCUUGAAGGCCUGGGAUCGCGUUCCGGAGUGCAAGCCACAGGAAGACUGCCAAGAAUGCACCGAAUGGAGAGAGGUCUGA